ACGCAGCAGAGGCCUGCACGAGCUGCGGUCAACUUCGGUAAUCUUCGGCUCCGCCGCCGAUCGGUUCGACUUCCACCGGCAGCACGGAGCGCCGCGGCGGGCAGGUGUCCGCAAGAGCCACCGGGAGGCCACCGGGGGAGGGAGCGGCUGCUUAUCAGCGGCCGUAAAGAAGAGGAUAAAGGCCGCGAUGAGGCGGAUGCUUCCUGCUCUGCCGCAGCGGGGACGCGCCUCUUCCUCUCCUUCUCACGCGCUCUCUGCUGCUCUGUAGGCGGAGGCUCGGACCCGGACUCGGACUCGGACUCGGAAUCGGACUCGGACCCGGACCCGGGGUCAUUGUGCGCACCUAGCCCGCUGCAGCGCCGUCCCCUGGGGAGCAGCAGCCCCCCGCUGGCUGUCUCCGACCGGCUGACUCGACCCGAGCACGCUGAAGAGGAACAUGUUCGAGACCAGAGGACUCCCGUUCGUCCUGCUGGACCUGGUCUGCCUGGUUCUGGGAGGCCUGCCUCUGGCGGCCUUUAACCUGGGUAAGAUCCGGCCCUACCAGCGGGGCUUUUUCUGUAGCGACGACAGCAUCCGCUACCCGUUCCACCACAGCACCGUCACCUCCACGGUGCUCUACACCGUGGGCUUCAGUCUGCCCAUUAGCUGCAUGAUCUUUGGCGAGUGCCUUCUGGUUUAUCUAAACCGCCUCAAGUCCAAGUCGUCCUUCGGCAGCUACGUGGCGUGCGUCUACAAAGCGGUGGGCACCUUCCUGUUCGGCGCCGCCAUGAGCCAGUCGCUGACCGACAUCGCCAAGUACUCCAUCGGCCGGCUCAGGCCGCACUUCCUGCACGUCUGCCAGCCCGACUGGAGUAAGAUCAACUGCUCGGCCGGGGCGUACAUCGAGGACUUCACCUGCCAGGGGGACCAGCGGAUGUCGAACGAGGGCAGGUUGUCCUUCUACUCCGGACACUCGUCGUUCUCCAUGUACUGCAUGCUGUUCCUCGCUCUGUACCUGCAGGCCCGCCUCCGGGCCGAGUGGGCUCGGCUGCUCCGGCCCACGCUGCAGUUCUUCCUCAUCGCCGCCUCCGUCUACACCGGACUGUCCCGAGUGUCCGACUACAAGCACCACUGGAGCGACGUGCUGACCGGGCUCCUGCAGGGGGCGCUGAUGGCGCUGCUGGUGGUGUUCUUCGUGUCGGACUUCUUCAAGCCCGGGCCGGAGUCCCGCCAGAACCCGGAAAUCCCCCACAGCACGCUGCAGGACACGCCCACCAACGGAAACCACUUCGAGAGCCCCAACUAAGCUAGCGCUAGCGUCGCGGAUCCAGGCAGCCUGAAGCCCCCCCCCCCUCCCCGCCUGUUCCAGGUCAAUCUGCCGACCCGUCCCGUGACCUGAGAGCAACCAAACCUGUGUAGACUGACGGCCUCCGGACGGACGGGUCACAUGACCGCUCCCCCCCCCCCCCAGAGGGUCCCACCACUGCCGGGACGCCCGAGGACUGACACACCUGUGAAUGUAAACCUGCUCAGUGCUUUUCUCUGGCCUCCGGCCUCCAGAGGGACGGACGCCACGCCCCGAGUUGCCUUGCUGGACUGCUGCUGCUACCCCCCCCCCCCCCCCCCCCCAUGUUACAGAGUGCAGACAAAACCAUAGCUUUUCUAUCAUCUGUAUGGAAAUCAAUCAGCAUACAGACAUUUAUUGAAAAAACGUUACAAAUAUGUACAAGAGUGUAAAA